AUAAAGAUGCUCAAUGUCUCGGGUCCGUGGAGCCUUCGAAUCGGGCGACACUGAUUUAUCCUGAAAGAAAAAUAGACGCGGAGGAAUCAAUAUACGAUUUUAAAAUAGCUUUCCCAAAUCCUUUCAUAGUGUUCACGGAUUUGAGCGAUGGAAUUGAAGAAAUCAAUUUCUGAUACCGAACGCUCAUUGAAAAGCUACGGCGCUGUAUCGGAAACGGAAUGGACAAAAGACAAAGGUCAGGCCGACGUGUCCAUGGCAGAGAGCACCAUGUCUCCAGACGAAAUCGAGGUGGAGAUGGCUCGUAUCCAGCGCCUCAGGGAGGUACUGGUAAGGAGGGAGUCUGAACUGCGCUUCAUGAUGGACGAUAUCCAGCUGUGCAGAGAUAUCAUGAAUUUGAAACAGGAGCUGCGGAAGGUGGUGACUGUACCAGAGAAAGAGAAGACCAAGAAGCAGAGGCAGAGGGAGGAGGAAUUGAUCCUGAAGAUCCAUAAACUGGUUCAGAAGAGGGACUUCCUGGUGGAUGAUGCCGAGGUGGAGAGAUUAAGGGAACAGGAGGAGGACAAGGAGAUGGCCGAGUUCCUGAGACUGAAGCUGAUGCCCCUGGAGAAGCUGGCCAGAGAAGCAGCCCUGAAUGCCCCAAAACCCAAGAGGCAAGUCCCUGAACCGCCUCCAGGCAAGCCAUCCAUCACCAAAUCCAUCACCAUCAUCAAGGACUGCUGUGGCGCCACACAGUGCUGUAUCAUGUAACCAACCGAGGACACUUGGCCAACAAACACCACAUCAGUUAACAGCACUCUGGUCCUACAUAUAGAGAUGGUUGGAGACCACUGGGGACACUUGGCCAAUGACACCACAUCAGUUAGCAGCACUCUGGACCCACACAUAGAGAUGGUUGGAGAAAACUCUGAGAAAACGUGUUCUAGCAUGGACACCACCACUGUAGGCGACCACCAUUUUAAUGGUCAACAUCCGACUUUGUUGGCCGAUCCCUCCCAACAACCCGACUGGAAUCGGGUGAUCACAACCCCAGUUGGGUUAUCGGGAAUGAUCCCCCAAAUAAUUAAAAUUAAAUAAAAUAGUUAAACAUGGAGAUGGCCUCAAUGGUGCUACCCAUUCCAGAACAGAAGCAAUAAUGGAUAAGGAUACAAAAUGAGACCCCCCCCCCCCCCCCCCCCACAUUCUAUCUCCACGGUCUCAUAUCAUCUGACCCUGGUGUCUCGUCUAAUAAUGUUACAUCACUUCCUGUGACCCAGAGAACCCUGUGACUCCACGCUACAGUAUUAUAAUGGAAACGGGGUCCUUAGGGCAUCCCAAUCUGAUAUCACCCCACUGAAGUUAAAAUGGAAAAAGGGCUAGGGUUCAGGAUAGACACACAUUAACUGUAGGGUAACACACAGUAAAUGGGAAUGUCAUUAUGCCCUAAUACAUUAUGGCACCUAUUAGAUGGCAAAAUUUGCAGUAGACAUUUUAAUUGUUGACUAAGGGACUCAUUCCUUCACUAGAUAUUCACCUGAAACAAUAAGAACAAUGUAUAAUGAUGACCUCAAAUGUAAGAGCACAUCCCGUGACAAAACACAGAUUCAUCAUACCUCAGGGUUCUCUGCCCACUAGGAACUGAGUUCAUUACCUUUUAUUAUGCACCGUCAGUUUUAUAUGUACUUUUUAUUUUUAUAUGUGCAUUUUUUUGUUGGGCUCGGUUCGAUACCAAUUCAAUUCAGCGCACGACUUACUGAAUUGCCAGAUUUGAAUUGGAACUAAUGCUUGCUUCGGAACUGUAGAUAAAAGCACCCCCACCUGCGGUCAACAGUUCUCCCUUUACCAUAAAGGUACACUCCCUUCACACCUUACUGAACACACAUGAUCAUUACUUUGUACGUUACUAGGAUACUUUGUACGUUGGCCAGCUGCAACUAUCAUGAGUCACGUAUGUUCUGUUUUUUCAAUUAUGCGUAGUCUUAUUUUCAGUGGAUCAUUAACCAGCCAACAUCAGUGCUUUUGUUUCCAAGGCAGGUCAUUUCAAUCAUCACCUUGACUGGGGUCAUAGCACCGUACCAAUACAUUAUUCAGAAUUACAAGUCUUAAAAACAACAUGACAAAAACAAGAGGGGUUGAGACUCCAAAUAUGUGUACAUUCCUCCAUAUAGUGAAAAGAAGUGCUGUUGGGACUGUUUGUAGCAGAUGGAGUCCUGUUGAACAAAGUUCCUCUCUAUUAAGCCCCGCCCAACCCGACACCUCCCAACAGCUAGGUAUCAGAGUAUUUUCCUUGAUUCCUCAAAUCCUUUUCCUUCCAAGAUUUUGAGAAGCAGGGAUGAACAGAUGCAAAGAAUUCAGAAAGACACUUGACACCCAACUAUGAACUUUAUUGUGUAGUAUAUUAGUGAUGAUUUAUGAAGGUCCUAAUGCCCAAAUGGAACAAUAUGCAUACAUUAUCUGAAACUACCUGUACAUAUAUAUUUAAAUAAACAGCAUCUUUCAGGAA